GUAGGAAAGACAGAAAAACGAUUUUCAGGCGACCGGGAAGCUACAUUUGCUCACCCCAGUCUUCAGAUAGCAGCCAGAGACCAGUACCAGGAGCAAGGCGGGGUUCAGAUUCCCAGAGCUCUGCCAUUGCAGUCACUGCACCCUAACUCUGGAGGCCGCGCAGCACUACCAGCAUGUGCAAGAAGAAUACCCUUUGGCCCAGGCUUUUCCUACAAACAUGUCUUCCAUCAAAAUUGAAUGUGUUUUACGGGAGAACUGCAGGUGUGGAGAGUCUCCAGUAUGGGAGGAAGCAUCCAACUCUCUGCUCUUUGUAGACAUCCCUGCAAAGAAGAUUUGUCGAUGGGAUUCAGUCAGCAAGCAAGUGAAACGAAUGGCUGUUGAUGCCCCAGUCAGUUCAGUGGCACUUCGACAGUUUGGAGGCUAUGUUGCCACCAUUGGAACCAAGUUCUGCACUUUGAACUGGGAAGAUCAAUCAGUAUUUGUCCUAGCCACAGUGGAUAAAGAUAAGAAAAACAAUCGAUUCAAUGAUGGGAAGGUGGAUCCUGCUGGGAGAUACUUUGCUGGUACCAUGGCUGAGGAAACAGCCCCAGCAGUUCUUGAGCGGCACCAAGGGUCCUUGUACUCCCUCUUUCCUGAUCACAAUGUGAAGAAAUACUUUGACCAAGUGGACAUCUCCAAUGGUUUGGAUUGGUCCCUAGACCAUAAAAUUUUCUACUACAUUGACAGCCUCUCCUACUCUGUGGAUGCCUUUGACUAUGACCUGCAAACAGGACAGAUUUCCAACCGCAGAAUUGUUUACAAGAUGGAGAAAGAUGAACAAAUCCCAGAUGGAAUGUGUAUUGAUGCAGAGGGAAAGCUUUGGGUAGCCUGUUACAAUGGAGGAAGAGUAAUCCGACUAGAUCCUGAGACAGGAAAAAGACUCCAAACUGUGAAGUUGCCUGUUGAUAAAACAACUUCAUGCUGCUUCGGAGGGAAGGAUUACUCUGAAAUGUAUGUGACCUGUGCCAGGGACGGGCUGGACACUGAAAGCCUUUUGAGGCAGCCUGAUGCUGGUGGCAUUUUCAAGGUAACUGGUCUUGGGGUCAAAGGAAUUGCCCCAUAUUCUUAUGCAGGGUGAACUGCAGCUCUUCCUUGCUAUCAGAAGAAAAAGCUUUGAAGAUAACUGGAGAAUUAAGGGACUGACAUCAAUGAGAUUUCAAUCUAUUUUUAAAUGAAGCAAUGAUAUUAUAGCAUGGUCAAGCUUGAAUUUACAAUUUUGAUUGGGUGCUGGGGAAUAAACCCAGGGUGUGGCAUAUUAAUUAAAAACAUAUACUAACAGUGAA